CAUUCGGCAUACACCUGUUGCAUCGCCAUCAAAAUGGCUUAAAAUCAACGUGUGAAUUCCAAAAUAUUUUUUUUUUGACAAUGUGAUAACAAAAUCCCGCCAAAAAGAAGUUCGGUAACAUCACUUUUCCAAAAAGUACAAAAGUCGGUGCUUCCAAAGCAAUAAAAAUGAAAAAGUGUAGUGAGAUUGUUAUUUUGUUGUUUAUUAUAUCGUACAGUUUUACGUUUGUUCAAAGUGAUAUUACAUUGGGGGAAAUUUCCUGUGGUCAAAAAAAAUGUAAAAGGGACCAAUUCUGCAACUAUGCAAAUGACUGUGAACCAUGUUCAAAAAUCUGCGAUAAAUCCACGCACAAUUUUGAUCAACCGGAAUGCUUGAAAAAAUGUCAAGAUUACAUCCACGAUUCUCGUUAUGUACAAAAAGAGAACAAUGGAAAUGGAGACCAGAACCUCCGAGCAACUGUUCAACAGCUUUCCCACAUGGUUACAGUCACUCUCACUUUAGUCUGUUUAAUGCUUGUUAUCCUGGCAUCAGUUUUGAUUUUUCAAAUGUACAGAUGGAAGAAAAAGAAAAACAUUACAUUAACAACAAUCAAAAACAAAUUAUUUUCCAAAAAGGCUGAUUCAGUCCAGAAUAAAUCCACACCCGCUUCAAAUCAAGUUAAAAACGAAAAACCUGAUUUAAGACUGGAAAUUUCCCCCGAAUCUACUCACUCUGGACAUAGUCCAGUUACAGUGACAACAUCAAUAAGUCGAAGACCGGCAGAAGACAGCACUUUGGACUAUGCCUACGAUAAUCCAGCCAUGUCUUCGAGUCCUAACAAAAAAAACGAUCCAAAUAAUUCGUUCUAAUUUUACGUUUUAUCUUUAUAACUAGUCGGGAAGCUGUGCAAUUUUAAAAGCUUCUCCCUACUUAUUACUAAUAUAAUUAUGUUUUUAUUAUACAGGGUGUUGCCGUUUUUAUUGUUACAAAUUUGAAUAGGUAAAAAGAAUAUUCAAUUUUAAGACAAAAGUUUCCUAUAACCAUGUAUCAAAAAAUGUUUUGUAAAGGAAAAAACGUAAAAGAACUUUUUUUUGUGAAAAACUAUGGAAUUUAAUUUUUUUUUGCUGAAAAUGGCAAGAAACUUCAGCAAAAAUAGUUAGGAGUUCUUUUAAUACCAAACAAUAUACCAUUUUCAGCUUAAUUUGCUAAUUUUUUGGCCCAUUUGGGUGAAAUUUUAUUUGAAAAAGGCAAAACUAAUUUCGUUUGCGACCCCUAAUUUGGGUAUUUUAGCAAAAUUUUGUGAAAAAAAUCAGUUUUGGCUCAAAAACGUUUUUGUUCGCUUGAAAAUAAAUGGAAUUAAUACAAUUUUUUGCCUAAUUAAUUUUUGGGCAUUUUGGGUAUCAAAAACAAUUGGAUUUUUACUUAAUAAGCAAAAAAACACCAUUUUGUAUCUAAUUAAGAGAUUUCUCGGCUUACUUGAGCAAAAUGUCGCAAAGGAAAAGCGUAAUUUUUAUCUGAAAAAGUCAAAAAGAAUAAUAUUUUCGACCAAAUUUGGUCAUUUUUUGCCAAAAUUUUGCAAAAUCUUUUAUUUCAAAAACAUGUUAAACGUUUUAAAAGGUGCACAUGGUGGUUUUUUGCUUGUGAAUAUUUUUUUUUCGAGAAAAAGUAGGUUUUUAGGUCACCAAAAUAAAUCCAGUAAAACAAACUGAAAUAGAACGGUAAUUUGAAUCUAGUUUGUCUAGUUUUAGAUUUUGUGGCCCAUUUUAGCGAAAUGUUGCGAAAAAAAGUUUGUAGUUGAAAAACAUUCUUUUACUCUCGAAAAUGUCAAAAAUAGCAUAAUUUUCGAUCUAAUUUGGUAAUUUUUGGGCCUUUUUGAACAAAAUUAUAUACUAAAAAGGUUCAAAA